CUCGUUCAAGGGGGAAGGCAACUCCAUUGCACCUAUUUGCAGUGGUUUAGUUAGGUCUGUUGCAGCAGAAAUGUUUGUGGUGCAGCUGGUCGCUGCAGUCUGUCUUUAUUCAUCCAUCCAGAAGAUCUGGCUACAGCAGGUGCUGCAGGUUGACCUUUGCUGAUACGUGUUUGCUGGACAAGGUCCAAAGCAUAGGUCCAAAGGUUCUCCAACGUGGUCACUGAAGUGUGGAAACACUGGUUGCAAGGUUUGCAUUGAUGGCUUCUGCAUGGCAAAGUGUUGUGUCUAUACACCAGAGGAUAGUUGACAAUGGAGACAAGAGGACAGACCAGUGGCUGCUGGUCUACUCCCCCGUCCCGGUUGCACUCAUCUUCCUGACGUAUCUCUUCUUGGUGUGGGCUGGCCCUCGUCUAAUGAAACACAGAGAAGCCCUUGACCUCAAAGGCGUUCUCAUUGUUUACAACUUUGCCAUGGUUGGCCUGUCUGGCUACAUGUUCUAUGAGUUCCUGGUCACAUCCUGGCUCUCCAACUACAGCUAUCUGUGUCAGCCUGUAGAUUACAGCAACAGCAAGCUGGCAGUAAGGAUGGCCAAGGCCUGCUGGUGGUUCUUCUUCUCUAAGGUUAUAGAGCUCAGUGAUACGCUCUUCUUCAUCCUGAGGAAGAAGAACAGUCAGCUGACGUUCCUUCAUAUUUACCAUCAUGGCACCAUGAUCUUUAAUUGGUGGGCGGGAAUCAAAUAUGUGGCCGGCGGACAGUCGUUCUUCAUCGGGCUGGUCAACACCUUUGUUCACAUUGUGAUGUAUUCUUACUACGGCCUGGCUGCCAUCGGCCCUCACAUGCAGAAGUAUCUGUGGUGGAAGCGAUACCUCACGUCUCUGCAGCUGCUGCAGUUUCUACUGUUCCUCCUGCACACGGGCUACAACCUGUUCACUUCUAUUAUCAGAGCUACCUCAACAAGAAGAAGCAGAAAUAAGAUGCAGUACUCAUUAGUGUCCACUAGAGGGAACAACAUGCCCACAGCCUUAUUGUCAAAGCUGUGUUACCAUAUUAUCAAAAAGAUCAUUGUCCCAUCACUGGGAAUUAAAUACAAAUUGCCAUCAAAUUAUUUUUACAAGAUCUGUUGAUCAAUUCAAGAUAAAUUGUUAUAAAGUGAAGAAAAAGUAUAUUGCAUCCUUUGAUGUUCCUGAAGGGACUUUUAGCGAAUCAGCAGUGUAGUUAGAUUUGUAAUGACCUCAUUAUAGAUAAUGUUUUUGUCACUACAUUAUGAUUAGUCUACAUGUUUUACAAGCAGUAUGUAUGAUAAUUGUCAUGUUUAUUGCUAUAAUAAAAAUGUAAUAUAAGUGGACAAAAAGGGUAAAGAAUAUAACUUUGGAUAAUAAAGUACAGGCGCAAGACAAACACCUGGUUGCAUGUCAGCUGAUAGCCCAUGUGACAUUGUGUUCAUCUUCCAAUCGAGAUUUAGUAUCUAUAUUUUUAUAAUGGUGAAAGUGAACAUAAGCAUCUGCUUAUUAUAUUUUGGAAACAAACUUUUCAUGUUAUAAUAGUAUAUUAUAUUGGUAUUUGUGUGUGUGUGUGUGUGUGUGUGUGUGUGUGUGUGUAUAUAUAUAUAUAA